AUGGAAAAUGCAAGCUUCAAUAACCUUGAAAAUACAGCUGGUGGAGAAGAACCUUUUGAAUUUAAGAAUUUACUCUCUGAAAUGUUCACAUCUUACCCUAAUCAAAAUCCCAGCAGUUCUUCAUUAAUGGAAAUUCCGAAAAUUGCUUUUUCUUCUUCUCCUAAUUCCUCUACUUCUACUAAUUCUUCUUCUUCUUCGCCUAACAUUAUUUCAUUUGGAAAUCCAGACUCUAAUUUUCUAGGGGAUGAAUUAGAUUAUGAUAUGAUAUCUGAAAAGGUCAUAAGCCAGUCUUCAUCACCAACAACAUCAAUGCCUAAGAGGAUUUGUAGAAGUCCUUUGCAAUCUCAAGAUCAUCUUUUGGCUGAAAGGAAACGCCGAGAAAGAUUUACACAACUUUUUGCUGUCUUGGCCAAAAGUAUCCCUGAUCUCAAGAAGUUGGACAAAGCUUCAAUUCUUGAAGAUUCAAUCAAGUACAUAGGAGAACUUCAAGGACGUGUUAGGGCUUUAGAGGAAGCUGGGACGACAAAGAGUAGAAACUUGAUUGAAUCAACUUCCACAGUACAAAAACAAUAUUCUUUUGCUGCUACUACAUCUGAUGACAACUCUAUUCUUGCUAAGAAUUUUGAUGAAUCCAAACCUGAUCAGAAUGAUAUCAAGGUUCAAAUUCUAGAUAAGAAUGUACUCAUAGGAAUCCAUUGCAGUAAAGAAAUGCGGAGUAUUUUCACAAUAAUUGCUGGAAUAAUGGAAAAGCUACAUCUUACUAUUCACCACAUUAGAGUUACACCAUCCAACCAUAUUGCUCUUCAUUAUAUCUCCGUUCUUGCUGAGAUUGAUCAAAAUGUUGAUAUUAGAGUGCAGGAUGUUGAAAACGCAUUCAAGUUUGCUCUUCCUAGUACAUCAAAUAUGCCAGGCUUGGCGGACUAA